AUGGACGUAAUUGGACCAAUUGAACCAAAAGCUUCGAAUGGACAUAGGUCCAUCUUGGUAGCUAUUGAUUAUUUCACGAAGUGGGUGGAAGCAGCGACUUUCAAGUCAGUGACUAAGAAAGUGGUGAUUGAUUUGAUUCACUCCAAUAUCAUUUGUCGGUUCGACAUUCCAAAGAUAAUUGUCACAGAUAAUGCUGCGAAUCUCAAUAGUCAUCUGAUGCAAGAAGUGUGCCAGCAAUUUAAGAUUAUGCAUCGAAAUUCAACUCCUUAUCGUCCAAAAGCGAAUGGAGCUAUAAAAGCUGCCAACAAGAACUUAAAGAAAAUACUCCGUAAGAUGGUGCAGGGUUCCCAACAAUGGCAUAAAAAGUUACCUUUUGCUUUGUUGGGUUAUUGUACUACAGUUCGGACUUUAAUUGGUGCAACUCCUUACUUGUUAGUGUAUGGAACUGAAGCAGUUAUACCUGUAGAGAUUGAAAUUCCAUCUCUUCGAGUAGUUAUGGAAGCUGAAAUUGAUGAGGACCAAUGA